AUGCCAAUCUCAUACGCAAAGUGGGAUGCUCUAGAGUUGUCCGACGACUCUGAUAUAGAGGUCCACCCAAAUGUAGACAAGAGAAGCUUCAUCCGCGCGAAACAGAACCAGAUCCACCAACAGCGCUACCAGCGCAAACAAGAGAUCGAGACACUCCGCUACGAACGUCUGAUAAACCUCGGCCUGUUGGAACGGAUCAACGCACUGCUCGACGCCCUCAAGCAACAUGAGAAAGAGUCUACGAAGACCGAUCCUGAUCAACUCGUGUUCCAGGCUUUGAUCGAGAGUGCAGGUGACCCAGCCAAAGAUGAGCCACCAAAACCGCCGGAAGGUGUCUACACACAUCAGAAGGAGCCACAGCCUCGAUAUUCGAAGAUGAUGGGCAGCCUUGUCGACCAAGUGAAGAAGGAAGUGGAUGAGAAGAAGUCUCCGGAGAGGUUUCAGGACUACAUCAAUGGUGUGCGUGGCCAUCUCACCAAGGUGCAAAAUCUACAGCAAGAAUUGCUCAAAAAGCUGGCGGAGCUUGAGAAAGAGGAGAAAGCCAAGAUCACCAGCGAAUCGAUACAUGACGGCUUCAACACGUCUCAUGUCUCCAAAGCAAAGCCUGCAGCUCCGAAGACCGCACCGAAAUCCAAAGUUGAGCUACUCAACAAGCCUUCAACGCCGGCUGUAGCAGGAUUGAGCUCAUCGGAACGUGUCACGACACUGGCGGAAGACGGCGCUGUCUCCUCGGGCGCCGAGGCCGAUGUUGAGGACGAUAAUCUCAUCGCUGAGCACGAGGAUGACGAUGACGAUGACCGAGCGUCAAUCAAGCUGACCGAAGAAGGCAAGGCAUUCGCUAAGAUCAACCGCAGCGACUAUCGUACGCUGUUGCAAUUCAUCUCAGAACAUCCAGAUCUUAUGACCGAGUCAACACAAGACGCCUUACUAGUGGAGGCUUUCAACGCCCAGAUGAAAGGCAAAGACUCAUAUGCGCAGACUUGUGUGCAUCACGGUCUGCUUAUACAGUAUUGCAGACAGCUAGGAAGAGAUGGUGUUGGCAUGUUCUUCAAGCGAAUCACUACCAAAGGCCACCAAGCCGCACAAGUGUUCAACAAGGAUGUUGCCGAGACUUACAAUCGCAUCAAGACCCGCGCUAAAGAACUCGUCAAAGAAGAGGCCGAGGGCAAGAACCAGGAAGGUGUUGAACAGAUUCAGCUGCACGCAGUCGAGCCUGGCACAGAGAUUCAUAUCAAUAUACCACAGCCGAACAGCGAGGAGGAGAUCGAGAUCGAAGCAAGAAAGAUUUUUGAAUCAUUCUCUCCAGAGAUGCAGCGAGCACUUGAGACUGGUAGUCUUGACAAAGUGAACAAAGUGCUCGGUGAAAUGAGUGUGGAGGAGGCGGAGCAGGUGGUUGAGGACUUGAGCAAUGGCGGCAUGCUGAGCUUGCAGGAGGGCGUGAUAGACGCCACCAAUGAGGAAGGACAAGCCAAACUAAAGCAAAUCGAAGAUGAAGAACGGCGGAAACGGACACAGACUGUGACGGACGGUGAGCCGGGUGAUGUCGUGGAGGAGCAUACUAGUGUACGCAACAUCGUCGACGAGGUGGACUGA